AUGGCCGACAAGGAAUUCACCUACUCCGACGUCUCGGAGCACAACACCAAGAAGGACCUGUACAUUGUUGUUCACGACAAGGUCUACAACGCAUCAAGCUUCGUAGAUGAGCACCCAGGUGGUGAGGAAGUUCUGCUCGAUGUCGGAGGUCAGGACUCAACAGAGGCAUUCGAGGAUGUCGGUCACUCAGAUGAAGCCCGCGAGAUCCUCGACGGUCUGCUUGUCGGAAACCUGAAGCGCCAGGAGGGUGACCCAAAGCCCAAGAGCUACGCGCAGCCCGGCUCAACCGCUACCACCACUGACGGUGCCUCGACUGGUGUCGGCCUUUACGCCAUCAUCCUCCUCGGUGGUGCUCUUGCAUUCGCUGCCUACACCAUGAUGAACAAGCAGUCUGCUGAGUAA